UGAUAUGUGACUAAGCUUGCAUGUAUGUCAAAUUUCUCAGCAUGUACCUUAUCAUACCAUUUGCAAUGCAGGCACACUGCCAUGUGUAAGGGUGUGUUAACUGCAUAUAUUUGUCAGCCAUGGUAUCUCAACAGGAUUUUGGCCAAAAUAAAAAUACUUGGGCCCUUUAAAUAAAAGUAGGUCAUAAAUUCCUGUGCAAACACAAAAGCUGACCAUUCAAAGGAAGGACAUCAGCCGAGUAGGUGCAUUCAUUCAAUUGUGACUCCCUUGAACAAGAAGACAACAGAAUGAAGAUCUACAUGUGUUUGAUGGUGCUAGUAUGUGCCACUAUACCAAACAUUGUCUCAGCUGGAACUAUAACAGCAUUAAGGAGAACAUUGGAACUUUACUCCGCUGAAGUUGAUGUUUCAACCAGGGCGUACAGUAAGGUAGCAGGCCCCUGUCCUAGUGCAAGUGGUACAUGUAAUGGAAUAUGCUGUGCCUCUGACUCUGGCACCGCUUGUACAGCUGCAUCACCUUGUUGCAUUGAGCAAGGCACAUAUCCUGGGGUUUAUUCCAGAUGCAUUAAACAAUCAAAGAGGGAGUUAGAGCUAAUCCAAGAUGAGAUGGAUGUUUCAACCAGGGCCUACAGUAAGGUAGCAGGCCCCUGUCCUAGUGCAAGUGGUACAUGUAAUGGAAUAUGCUGUGCGUCUGACUCUGGCACCGCUUGUACAGCUGCAUCACCUUGUUGCAUUGAGCAAGGCACAUAUCCUGGGGUUUAUUCCAGAUGCAUUAAACAAUCAAAGAGGGAGUUAGAGCUAAUCCAAGAUGAGAUGGAUGUUUCAACCAGGGCCUACAGUAAGGUAGCAGGCCCCUGUCCUAGUGCAAGUGGUACAUGUAAUGGAAUAUGCUGUGCCUCUGACUCUGGCACCGCUUGUACAGCUGCAUCACCUUGUUGCAUUGAGCAAGGCACAUAUCCUGGGGUUUAUUCCAGAUGCAUUAAACAAUCAAAGAGGGAGUUGGAGCUAAUCCAAGAUGAGAUGGAUGUAUCAACCAGGGCGUACAGUAAGGUAGCAGGCCCCUGUCCUAGUGCAAGUGGUACAUGUAAUGGAAUAUGCUGUGCCUCUGACUCUGGCACCGCUUGUACAGCUGCGUCACCUUGUUGCAUUGAGCAAGGCACAUAUCCUGGGGUUUAUUCAAGAUGCAUUGCAGAUAACAAACGUGAAAUGUAUUUGAGAGACAUGCUGAAUAACCUCAUCAAACGCAUCUCCAAAGAGAACAAAUAA